GCUCCUCUGCCUCCUCGUCGCCUCAGCCUCCUCAUCGCUGACUUGCUACCUCGUCGCCUUAGCCUCCUCAUUGCUGCGUCGUCGCUUCACCUCAGCUUGAUUUCUUUCCUCUCGCCGCCCCGUCACCGCGCUGCUCGCAUCUUCCUCUGCGCCACCGCGCCACACGCGUCUUCCUCUGUGUUAUCUUGCCGCACGCGUCCCGUUGUGCUUAUGCUGUGCCGCCGGCCGUGGCUCGGUUGUCUGUCUCCCUCUUCUCUGUGUUAUCAAGCUGCAAUGGUUAUCUUUUGCUGAUUUUGACAAUCUCUGCCUUGUGCCUCUUCUGGCUUUUGUUCUGUAUCGAAAUACUACAUUUUAUUGGAACACUAAGCUUUGGUUAUGUUUCUGGACUUCUGCAGAGGAUUGAUUUUAUUGGUUCAACCAGUAAUUAGUGGUUAAACUAAUAAACCAAUAAUAUGACCGAUUCGAUCAACUAAUAAUUUGACCGAUUCAAUGAUCGAUUUGAUUCUGACAACUAUGGUAAUUAGUUCAUUACAACAUCGUACAAUCUUGGAUCUAACACUUUAGGCCAUUGCGUAAAUGGGAUUUUCAUGGACCAAGUUAAAACCAUUAUAAUCAAAUCAAAGUUACUAUCUUUACAUAACCCAUUUCCAGAAACAGAUUCAUUUACUUGAAAGGUAAAACCUUUUGUAAAUUUUGUUGGCCCUUUCAAAUAAUGCCGCCCCCAAAGCUCUACAACGCAUUGCAAAAUUCUAUAUUAUCCAAAUCUUUCACUCUCAUGCGUUUUCUCACCUUCCAAAUUCGUUCACUUUCAUCAACUUCUUCUGCUUCUGCUCCUGCUACCCCAUCACAGGACCAUGUCUGCCACCUAAUUCUUGAACAGAAAUCCGCUUCCAAGGCCAUUGAAACUUUCAGAUGGGCCUCCUCACUACCCAACUUCACCCACUCUCAAUCCACAUACCGUGCCUUGAUCCAUAAGCUAUGUACUUUCCGCCGUUUUGACAAUGUUAAGCAACUGCUCGACGAAAUGUCUGACUCAAUCGGCACCCCUCCUGGCGAUGAAAUCUUCGUCACAAUUGUCCGGGGGUUCGGCCGUGCCAGCAUGACUCGUGCAGUCAUCAAGGUCCUGGACUUGGUGUACAAGUUUCAUAGCAGCCCUUCCUUGAAGAUAUACAACUCCAUUCUUGAUGUCCUUGUGAAGGAGGACAUUGACAUAGCUAGGGAGUUUUAUAGGAAGAGUAUGAUGGAGUCUGGGGUAUUCGGGGAUGAUUAUACUUUUGGGAUCUUGAUGAAAGGGCUCUGCUUGACCAAUAGGAUUGGUGAGGGCUUUAAGCUCUUGCAAAUGAUAAAGUCUAGUAGAGGGGUCACACCAAACACUGUGAUUUACAACACCUUGCUUCAUGCACUUUGUAGAAAUGGAAAAGUUGGGAGGGCUAGAAGCUUGAUGUAUGAGAUGGUGGAACCGAAUGAUGUCACGUUUAACAUUUUAAUAUCCGGGUAUUGCAAAGAGGAGAAUUUAGUUCAGGCUUUAGUGAUGCUGGAGAAGAGCUUUGCCAUGGAUUUUGUUCCUGAUAUUGUCUCCGUGACUAAGGUUGUGGAAGUCUUUUGCAAGGCCGGCCGUUUAACGGAGGCUGCUGAGGUUUUGGACAGAGUUGAGUGCAUGGGGGCUUCACUUGAUGUUGUGGCUUAUAACACCUUGAUAAAGGGGUUUUGUGAUGUAGGAAAAGUAAAAGUUGGGAUUCAUUUCCUGAAGCAAAUGGAGAGUAGAGGGUGUCUUCCAAAUGUAGACACUUAUAACAUACUCAUAUCUGGUUUUUGUUAUUCUGGGAUGUUAGAUUUGGCCUUGGAUCUUUUUAAUGACAUGAAAAUAGAUGGGAUCAAAUGGAACUUUGCUACAUUCGACACGAUAAUUAGAGGGUUGUGUUCAAAAGGAAGAAUCAAUGAAGGUUUUUCAAUUUUGGAGCUGAUGGAGGAAAGCAAAGAAGGCUCUAGAGGGCACAUUAGUCCUUAUAAUAGCAUAAUAUAUGGUCUAUUCAAGCAGAACCGUUUUGAUGAAGCAGUUGAAUUUCUAACAAAGUUAGGAAAGAUGUUUCCAAGAGCUGUUGACAGAAGCAUGACGAUUUUCAAACAUUGUAAGCAGGGGAGUAUUGAGGAUGCAAAGAGGGUCUAUGAUCAGAUGAUUGAUGAAGGUGGAGUUCCAAGUAUUCUAGUUUAUGAUUGCCUAGUUCGCAGAUUAUCUGAAGACGGUUGCAUCCGAGAAGCGGUUGAGCUUAUGAAUGAAAUGACUGCCAAUAACUGCUUUCCAGUUCCAUCUACAUUUAAUGCAAUCAUUGCAGGUUUUUGCAGACAAGAAAAAGUUGAAAGUGCAUUGAAGUUCAUGGAAGAUAUCACUGCAAGAGAGUGUGAAACCAAUGCAGAAACUUAUGGUCCUUUGAUUAAUGUUACAUGUAAGAAGGGUGAUCUUCAGAAAGCCUUGCAACUCUUCCUAGAAAUGGUAGAAAAAGGCAUCAUUCCUAACUAUUUUAUUUGGAAUUCACUGCUAUUGAAUCUAAGCCAAGAAAAUUAUUUCAAAAAUAAGAAUAUGAUCAACGUACAUGACCUACUAUAG